AUGUGUGCCAUGAAGAGUGGUUGGUCGACGAAUGAUUCCCAAGCUCCCAAGUUACGGAUUUCCGAUGCGCCGAAGUACGGUGGUUUUAUCGGCGAAAUGACUCUGAUAAAUGGAUCAGUUUCAAUGGAAGAGAUUCGUUAUGCUUGGAGGCAAAAUAUCGUUCCGUAUUUUGUAUUCCCCUGGACGAACAAAUGGCCAAAUGAUAUCGUGGAGCAUGGUUUCACGUUCAGACAAUCAGUGGUGGUAUUAGAAGGACUGUAUAAAGCAAAUGAUGAGCUAACGAAGGACUGGCAACCAUUAGAACCACCGGUGGCCGAAGCGAUUGAAGCGCAUCACUUGCAAUACUUCAGAGGACAAACAAUCCCAGAAGGAUUUACGGUAUUUUCUUCAAAAGAAGCCAGUAAUAAGCCACGUCAGUUGCAGUUCUUCAAUACUACACCGAGCCUAACCGAGGCUACAAUUGAUGGUAUGGAAAUACGAUGGAGCUCUGUUAUCGACGUGUCGCUGUCGUUUAAAAGGGGAGCAAUAUUGAGGUACAUUGGUUGGGGUAAAAGCCAAGCCCUUCGUCGUGGUUUCAACAAAGAAGCAGAAUGGGAUGAUGGACCAGCGGAAAUAACUCAUCUUAUACUUGUUGUUCAUGGCAUAGGGCAAAAAGGAUAUGAAAAUCUCAUAGCUGAGAAUGCACAACAGGUUCGUGAGGCUGUCGUUGGUGCAUUAGAACGAUGUUAUCCUGAAGACAAAGGACGGCCUAUGUUUUUACCUGUCGAGUGGAGAUCUAUUUUGAAGCUAGACGAUGGAGUAACUGAUGUGAUAACGCUGCCGAAAAUGAGUAGUAUGAGGAAUGUUCUUAACAGUACUGCCAUGGAUAUAAUGUAUUAUCAAAGUCCUUUAUAUCGUAAAGAGAUUGUGGGUGGUGUAGUCCGUCAACUAAACCGAAUCUACAAACUUUUCACGGAGAAUAAUCCAAGUUUUUCUGGUCCUGUAUCAAUAUUUGCACAUUCUCUUGGAUCAGUCAUAUCUAUGACAUUCUUCUUCCUUUACGACAAAUAUGUUACACAUGCAAUGGACACACAUCUAGAAGAAUGCACUGAUCCUGAAAAUAUUGAAGCUUUGAAAGCGUUCCAGAAAGCGCGAAAUGUGUUAUAUAAGAAAAUCGAUGGAGGAAUCAACAAAAUGCUACAGUAUAACGAUGAGGAGUUGCUGUUCAAGGUGAAAUAUUUAUUUGCUGUUGGGAGUCCUCUGGCAGUUUUCCUGGUGAUGCGUGGUGCCACUCACGCUGAUCUUCUACCAUCCAAAAUGAAU